AAAAUUUUAAAAUUUUCCAUUUUAACAGUCCUUAAAGGGCAGCAUCCAUAGCAAACUCAACCCACCAAGCCAGAAAUGUCAUUGCACAUGGUUACUUCAAAAGACAGUUAGGUUCUGAAAGUACAGACACUCCUGUUUAUCCUAUCCCAAGCGUUAAGUAUUCUGUUUCAAGCCUAAUAACUUAACAUGUCAGUAUAUGCUGUGCAUAAUCUUAACCAUUUUAUACUAUUUUUUUAUAAAGUGCAGUAUAUAAUGUGAAACAUUUGAUCUUCUGGUGAUGCUUGAAAAUGUCUGGAAUGAAAAUCCCUGAAGAUGAGGAGCAACGCAACAUUAUUGAUAAGCUUGCUAACUUUGUUGCAAGAAAUGGUCCAAAGUUUGAAGAAUUGACAAAAAGUAAACAAAGGGAGAAUGAGAAGUUUGCGUUUUUAUUUGGUGGAGAGUACCAUAGCUAUUACAAUUGGAAAGUUUCUCUAGAAAGAACUCAAGUUGAGGCCCAGAAACGUAUUCAAGGUAAUACACCCCAAAGUACACCAGCUUCAGUUCAGGCAUCCGAAGAGCCUGCAAAAAAAGUAACAGCAGAAUUUGAUUUGAAUGAAUUCCGAGAUUUACUACAAAAAUUAGUUUUAGCUUGUACAAAGGAUAACAUACAGAAUGGGAAAAAUUGGAUUGUCAACAACUGUAAGACAGACCAUCAACUAAAAUCUGCAUUUCAACUUCUGUUAUGGAGAAUGCUGGAAGAAGUUUUACCCUUUCAACAAAAACUACACAUUGUUUACUUGGCCAACGAUAUUCUUCAUCACAGCCGUAAGAAGGACCUUCCUCAACUCCUGGAAUCCCUGCAGGUUUACAUCUUACCUAUAGUUGCAAUAACACAUAAUGGCGAAUCAGCUGAGAAUCAGGGAAAACUAUCAAAAGUUUUGAAGAUUUGGGAUAACCAAAAAUUUUUCACAGAUGUCAUUCGAGAGAGGCUGAGCGAUCCAAAUUCCCUAUAUGACACUCAACUUGAUAUUAUCGAUCGUGAAAAAGGUGAAAUUCAGCAUGAAAAACGAAUCAAAGAAGAAAAAGAAAAAGAAGAGAUACAGAAAGAAGAACAGAAGCGGCAAGCAGAUAUCCAACAACAACAACAACAGCUACCGCCACAACAGCAGCAGCUACCACAACAACAACCGCCAACUCAACAACAACCUCGACAAGGGUUUGGUAUGUUUCAACGCCCUCCACCACAGGGAUUUAAUGGUCCUCCACAAGGCCAAUUUCAUCAGUUUGAACAGUGGAGAAAUCCACGCCCUCCACUGCGACCUCCAAAUAUGCAGCAACCAGAUCCAUACCAUUUUUAUGGUGGUCCACCGAGACAUCAACAACCACAUUUUGACCAACCCAGACCAGGCUUUCCCCCAUUUCAACAGGGUUUUGGUCCACCACGACCAGGACCACCAGGUCAGGAUGGACCAGGUCAACAAGGAUAUCCCCCUUUUGAGAUGCAACAACAACAAUCAUAUCACCCUCCUCCACAAGUUCAAACUUUUGAUUAUAGUCAUCAAAGUGUACCUGGCAUUGACCAAGGUGGUGGUGGACCACCUGCUCCUGUUACCUUCGAUUAUGAACAUGGCCGCGCACCAGUUCCAGACGGGGCUAAACCCAUGGAGGAUGUUCGUGAUCCGACCAUUCCACUGGCGAUGUAUUAUGAUCUACCUGCUGGAUUAAUGGUUCCUCUCGUUAAGUUAUGGGAUUGCGAGUAUAAGCCGUUAGACCCAAAAGACUUGCGUUUACCCAUUCCGCAGCCACCCAGCGAGCGUCUGCUUGCGGCUGUAGAAGCGUUUUAUGCACCACCUUCACAUGAUCGUCCCCGAGACAGCCAAGGAUGGGAAAAGAAUGGCUUGUUCGAAUUUUUCAAAGCCAAACUAAAAUAUAUGAAAGAUAAAGAGCGAAAACUUGAAAUUAUUGAACGAAGUCCAUCGCCUCCACCAAGCCCUGGCCAAACUCCAGAGUAUGAAGGAAGUCCACUUGUCAAAGAUGCGCCACCUCGCAGUAGGAGUGCUUCCAAAAGUCCCCCACCGCAGAGGCAACGUAGUCGAAGUCGUAGUCGCAGCAGAGAAAGACAAAAAAGAAGGUCACGCUCAAAGAGUCGUUCACGAAGCACGUCGAGAAGUCCAGGGAGGAGAAGAUCAAGCAAGUCCUACUCCAGGUCAAGAUCACGCUCAAAAUCACGAUCAAGAUCACCCAUACGAAGGAGUCCAACUCCUCCAGAAGGCUUUCUUGGAUUUGAAACACGAUCAUUGGAUUCGAGAAUUGAAGAGAGCAAUGUUGGACAUCAACUGCUAAAGAAAAUGGGUUGGGGAGGUCAAGGUCUGGGCAAGCAAGAAUCUGGUAUUGUUGAUCCGAUUAAACAAGGCGAAGUUCGUGAUAGACAGGAUAAAUUUAAGGGCGUUGGCGUUGAUAUGAACGAUCCCUUCGAUAAUUAUCGCAAGAACAAAAGCUACACGUACAGCAGACCGAGAAAGCGAUGAUCAUAAACAAUUAACGUUGCUCACACGGUUGUUGGUACGGUAAAAUGUACGUCAACCGAUAGAGCUGUGACUGGAUAAACGCCACGUAUAAAUCCACUUGAUAUUAUUGCGGAUGUAAAAGAAAUACAACAUGACGAAAUAUAAACAAUACUUGAUGAAGGGGCGCGUGUAAAAUCAUUAGUAGACAUUGUGUUUUUGUCUCUAGAAGACCUGAUCUGAUAUUUCGCUUUA